CUACAUAGAGUCGUAGUCGUUCAGCUCGCUGACUACCAAUAUGGUAGUGGCAGCCUGCUGACUGUGUCUGACUAUUGAUACUUAAAAGGCGUGCUCUCGCCGUCAGGCAACCGGCCUACGACCGCCUUCCUUGCUUCCCUGUCCGUCGUGGAAAGGUCGGGAGUGCAUACCUCAAUGGCGGCAAACGGGAUAGUCGUCCCCUCCAAUGGGAUGGAUCACGGGGCUGUCUCUAAAGUACAGUCCUUCCUUGCUGCACACCCCAAUGUGCGCUUCAUCCGUUACUACUUCCAAGACUACAGCGGCGUGCUCCGAGUCCGCUCCACCCCGGUCGCACGAGCCUUGCAGAUGGCCGCGAAUCCCAACGCCGGCGUCAGAUCUCCCACUCCUUUGACCUGUAUCUGCAUGCAAUCCGGCGCUUCGCUUCUGGAACGCAUUACUCCGGGUGAGGAUGUCUGGAUUCCAGACUGGACGUCGCUCACGGAGUUUUCAGCCAGUCCCGGCACCGCCACAGUGCUUUGCAGUGUCGAGGAGCGUACGCCCGGAAAUGAGGGGAAAGGCACGGAGGUGCAGCGGGAUCGGUGUCCGCGUACCAUUUUGCAACGAGUAGUCAAUGAAGCGAAGCAGAAGCAGCACGUCGACUUUCUCGUCGGCGUUGAGAUUGAGUUCAUCCUCCUUGAAUCGAAGGAUGCCACCGGGACGGUCCCCAGCCCCAGCGGCGUAUGGCUCUCCGCGCAAGUACACGUUCCCCACUGGAGGGACAUCGUGGAGGAAGUCGUUGGCCUACUGGAAGCCGCUGGAGUGCACGUGUGGAUAUUCCUAGCAGAAGGCGGAUACUCCACGUACGAAAUCUCGCUGAGCCCGCUGCCUCCUCUUGAGGCCGUCGACGCCUUGCAUUUCACUCGCGAGACCAUCAAGACGGUGGCGAAGAAGAAUGGCCUCCAUGCCACCAUGCAUGCCAAGCCAUUCGAAACCGGACCUUCCACGGGGCAGCACACGCACCUGUCCAUGUCACGACCCGAGCUCGGCACCCCUUUCCUGGCCGGCGUGCUGAAACACUUCCGCGCGUUGUGCGCACUCAUGCUAUCCAACGUGGAAAGCUACCAGCGCGACACAUCAUUCGGCCGUGGUGCAAUCGUUUGGGGCUGGCAGAACAAGCCGACCUGCGUGCGGCGGGUCGACGAGGCCCACUUCGAGAUCCGCCCGCCAGACGCCUUUGCCAACUUCUACUUGAUGAUAGCGGCCAUCAUCGGCGCCGGAAUGAGAGGCGUCGAGGAUAACGAAGAGGUACCUACGCCGAGUCUGCCGGUGUUGAUCAUCAAAGAGCCGCUUUCGGAAGAAAAGAGGAAGGAGUUUGGCGUCACCGAGGACCUACCGGCCGAUUUGGGCGAGGCGAUGAAAGCGUUCAAGGCGGAUGCGCUUCUGAAGGAGGUCCUGGGCGAGAAGUGCUUCGACAGCUUCGUGUACCUCAAGGAAAAGGACCUGGAAGCUUCCAAAAAGCAGACGACUGCGGAGAGGCGUGCAGCGCUGAUAGCGGUAUUCUAGAUAUGCUAAAGUAUACAAGUCGGUCCA